UAUGAAACUUAUCUUAGAGUUUUGUUAGCCUCACUCUUGAUGUGUCUCUUAGGAGUCAUUGCUGAGGGUGAUUUCUAUAAGGAUAUUGACAUCACUUGGGGUGAACAUAAUGUAAAGAUAAUAGGAAGCAACUUUCUAGUGCUUUCUCUUGAUCAGUCAUCUGGCUCUGGCUUUAGAUCCAAGGCAGAAUAUCUACAUGGAAGAAUAGACAUGCAGCUUAAGCUUGUCUCUGGUAACUCAGCUGGCACAGUCACUGCGUAUUAUUUAUCUUCUGAAGGUCCUAAUCAUGAUGAGAUAGAUUUUGAGUUCCUGGGAAACAUCAGUGGAGAGCCCUACAUAGUCCACACCAAUAUCUACACCCAAGGCGUAGGGAAUAGAGAACAACAAUUCUAUCUUUGGUUUGACCCCACAAAAAAUUUCCACACCUAUACUAUUGUGUGGAACCCUCAUCGCAUCAUUUUCUUGGUAGAUAACAUCCCUAUUAGAGUCUUCAACAACUAUGAAGCCAGGGGAAUUCCAUUUGCUAGCAGCCAACCAAUGAGGCUAUACUCCAGUCUAUGGUGUGCAGACCAAUGGGCAACAAGAGGAGGGCUAGUGAAAACCAAUUGGUCUUUCGCUCCUUUCAAAGCUUACUACAGGAACUUUGAUGCCAAAGCUUGUGUGUGGUCCAAAGGAUCAUCCUCUUGUGCUACAAACUCAACUGCUAUGGCUCAUAAUGCUUGGAAAACUCAAGAAUUGGAUGCUCAUGACAGAAGAAAUCUGAGAUGGGUGCAAAAGUAUUUCAUGAUUUAUAACUAUUGCAAAGAUUACAAGCGAUUUCCUCAAGGCCGGCCUCGUGAAUGCAGGCUUUCUAGUUUCUCUUGAGUGCGGAUUAAGUAAAUUUAAAAUUGAUUUGAUUUUUUUAAUGUUUGUAUUUAAAGAUUCCACUCAAAUACGGUUGAGUUUGAGUUCAAUUUAAUGUUACAUUUGUUUGCUUGAA